CUCUUUUUAACCCCUGCCGUCGUCCGCUGCACACUCGUCGCCUGUUUAUUCUCGGGACAGCAGACCGGAGACUUUUUUAACUCUUCACUUCAUUUAACCGGCUUGUGCGUGCGUGCGUGUGCUUUUUUUCUCCCGAGCAUCGGCCAAAUGGAGGACUACCACAAACCGGACCAGCAGACGGUGCAGGCGCUCAGGAACAUCGCCACCCGGCUCCGGAUCAACUCCAUCAAGGCGACGACUGCAGCGGGCAGCGGUCAUCCCACAUCAUGCUGCAGUGUGGCAGAGAUCAUGUCUGUGCUCUUCUUCCACUCCAUGAAGUACCGGCCUGAAGACCCGCGAAACCCCAACAAUGACAGAUUUAUUCUCUCGAAGGGCCAUGCAGCUCCUGUGCUGUAUGCUGUGUGGGCAGAGACCGGCUACCUGAAGGAGAACGAGCUUCUCAACCUCCGCAAGGUGGACUCCAUCCUGGAGGGACACCCCGUGCCGAAGCAGCAGUUUGUGGACGUGGCCACCGGAUCUCUGGGUCAGGGCCUGGGAGCUGCCUGUGGGAUGGCCUACACUGGGAAAUACUUUGACAAGGCCAGCUAUCGGGUCUUCUGCCUGCUGGGGGAUGGAGAGCUGUCGGAGGGCUCGGUGUGGGAGGCCAUGGCCUUCGCCUCCUACUACCAGCUGGACAACCUGGUGGCCAUCCUGGACAUCAACCGGCUGGGCCAGAGCGACCCGGCGCCGCUGCAGCACCAUGUGGAGAAGUACCAGCGGCGCUGCGAGGCCUUUGGCUGGCACGCCAUCAUCGUGGACGGCCACAGCGUGGAGGAGCUGUGUAAAGUGCUGAGUCAGCCCCGUCACCAGCCGCUCGCCAUCAUCGCCAAGACCAUUAAGGGCAAAGGAAUCCCAGCGGCCGAGGAUAAGAUGGGCUGGCACGGCAAACCGCUGCCCAAAGACAUGGCGGAGGGCGUCAUCAAAGAGCUGCAGAGCCGCGUCAUCAGCUGCAACAAGCGCCUGUAUCCGGCGCCGCCCAGCGAGGACACGUCGUCCGUCAGCCUCCGCAACAUCCGCAUGCCCAGCGCUCCCAGCUACAAGCCUGGAGACAAGAUCGCCACCAGGAAGGCGUACGGCAUGGCCCUGGCCAAACUGGGCCGCUACAACGACCGGGUGGUGGCUCUGGACGGAGACACCAAGAACUCCACCUUCUCCGAGCUCUUCAAGAACGAGCACCCCAACCGCUACGUGGAGUGCUACAUCGCGGAGCAGAACAUGGUGAGCGUGGCGAUGGGCUGCGCCGUGCGAGAGCGGAACGUGGUGUUCGCCAGCACCUUCGCCACCUUCUUCACCCGAGCCUACGACCAGCUGCGCAUGGCCGCCAUCUCCGAGAGCAACAUCAACCUGUGCGGCUCCCACUGCGGCGUCUCCAUCGGGGAGGACGGGCCGUCUCAGAUGGGUCUGGAGGACCUGGCCAUGUUCAGAGCCAUCCCCACGGCGACCGUCUUCUACCCGAGUGACGGCGUCUCCACUGAGAAGGCCGUGGAGCUGGCUGCCAACACAAAGGGUUUGUGUUUCAUCCGAACAAGCCGCCCAGAGAACAACAUCAUCUACAACUGUAACGAGGACUUCCACGUUGGACAGGCGAAGGUUGUAUAUAAAACCAACGAUGACCAUGUGACUGUGGUGGCGGCCGGAGUGACCCUCCAUGAGGCUCUGGCUGCGGCCGAAAUGCUGAAGAAUGAGAGAAUCAACAUCCGCGUGAUCGACCCGUUCACCAUCAAACCUCUGGACAACAAGCUGAUCAUCGAGAACGGGAGAGCCACCAGAGGACGGAUCCUCACCGUGGAGGACCACUACUAUGAAGGUGGUCUCGGCGAGGCGGUGUGCUCGGCGGUGGUGAACGAGACCGGCUUCAGCGUCCAGCGCCUGGCGGUGUCCCAGGUUCCCCGCAGUGGAAAACCCCACGAGCUGCUGCGAAUCUUCGGCAUCGACCGUGACGCCAUCGCCCGCGCGGUCCGUAAGAUGCUCAGCGGCUCGGCCAACGCCAAGUAGGAGCGCUGCGGGAGCGGCGGCAGCGGGAACAACAUGGUAAACGCCCCCGUGGUUAACUGUGAUCACCAUGACGACACCGACACCGGAGGAGGAGGAGCACGUCUGGUCCACUCACGCUCUCCUCCUCAGACAACAGUCUCAACCAUUUUGUUUGAAAACAAAUA